CAUUUCCAGUCGUGAAAUCAAAACAAUCGAAAGGACUUUUUUGAUUUUUAAGGAUUUUUCAGGGAAUUACACAAAAUUAAGACAAAUGGCUGAUGAGGAAGUUAUCAAACGCCGGCUAUUAAUUGAUGCCGAUGGAACAGGCGACGAUCGUCGAUUGAAUGUCCUGAUGAAGAGUUUUAUCAUCUGGUGUAAUACUUCUGAUACCCCCGAGAACACUGAAGUAAUGCACGAUCGAAUGCUCGCCCAAAUCGCUCAAUGUGAAUUCGUGAUGAAAAAAUCCCACUUUUCCAGUCAAAUGAUGAAGCGGGAACUCAAAAAUUACGAAAAAAUCUCCGAGAUGAUCAACAAGGGCAUUGAAAAUAUCAAAAAUCAAAUUGAGCAAAACAAGGAGAAUCUCUUGAUAGCCAAGCAAAUCCGACGAAAUCGCAUGGAAUACGAUAGUUUAGCGAAAGUUAUCAACCAGCAACCCGAUCGACAGAACACAAUUUCGAAACUGAAUGCGUUGAAGGAGGAAUUGCAGCAACUGGAGGUGAAGAGUGGAAGUUUAGAGAAAAAAUUGGAAAAGAGACAGAAGGAUUUCACAGUAUUAAUGCGCGCUGUGUCGGAAUUGCAGCGAGAAUUGUCAGAUUCCGCGAGCGAGGGUGAGGAUGAGGAAGAAGAAGCCGGAGAAGUUAACACGUCGUCCGAAGAGGGAGAGGCACAUGAUGAUCCCGUGUUGGAAAUGGAUGUUAGUUAGAAAUUUAAAGCAUUUUUUGACGAUUAAAGUAAGGAAAUUUCAAAAUCAGAAGAUGUUUUUUGAACA